CUUGUGCGGUGCCUUGGUCAACUUCAAAGUGCGUCUCUCCCAGCAGAGACACAGCCCAGCCCGGGACGCUGACAGACCCCAGGGCCAAAAUAUUCCUCAGCCGAAAUAUACCUCCGCUCAGUUCCUGAGGCAGGGGCUUCAGAGGCCGAAGGCCCCUCCUGGGUGGGGGAACCCAUGAUAUCAGUCAUGUCCAGAUUUGGUGCCUUCAUCCCCCUCCUCCUCUUCCUCCUCUUCAUCUUCCCUGGGGCCACCUCCAAUUGUCACACAAGAAUGGCAAAUGAAUGCAAGAAGCACACCGCAUUCGUUCCCGGGCACAGCCUGAUUGGUGAGGGCAUUGAUGUGACCACGAUGGGUAGGAAGGGGGCCUAUCUGGUUGACAGCAGCCUCUGGCAGCACGAGGACGGCACCUGCACCCUGUGCCGGAACCGACUUCAGGGAGGGCAGUGGCAGAGGCUGCCGCUGGCUACGGUGGACUGGCGGGUCCGCGUCUCGUGCCGCCGGAAGCUGAGCAGCUCGGUGCAGCAGUCGGCGAUGGGCAUGAUGGAGUCGGCAGCGUCCGCGGUGCAGAACAACUGGAAGGUGGGGCUGGACGUGCCUGUGAAGCCCAAGGUUAAUGUCCAGGUGGCGCUGGCCGGAUCACAUUCCAAACUGGCCAGUUUCAUGGUAGACCACACGCGGAUGGACAAAUACAGCUUCAUGAGCCACGAGGUGUCCUGUGGCUAUUACAGGUUCCGGGUCAGCGAGACGCCCCCGCUCACCAGCCAUUUCACUCUGGCGCUGGAGAACCUCCCGGACCAGUACAACAGCAAAUCGAAGGUGGAGUACCAACAGCUAAUCAGCAACUACGGCACCCACUACAUGUCCCAGCUGCAGCUGGGGGGCCGGGCGCGGGACGUGACGGCCGUGCGGGUCUGCGAAGCGGCAAUGAGCAGCUUGACUGACGACGAGAUCAAGGACUGCUUGAGCGUGGAGGCGGGCGUGAGUAUUGGAAUGGGCUCGGUCAAAGGUGGGUACAGCAAGUGCGAGGAGGAGAAGAAGAAGGGGAAGGUCCAGGGGAGCUUCCAUGAGACGUAUCAGGAGCGCCACGUGGAGGUGGAGGGAGGAGAGAGCACGACUGACGUGCUCUUCUCCGGCAGUGAUGCCAAGGUCUUCUCGGCCUGGAUUGAGAGCCUCAAAGCCAGCCCUGGCCUGGUGUCCUAUUCUCUGCACCCCAUCCACAUCCUGGUGGAGCAGGAUGACCUCAAGCGGGAGGCGCUGAGGCAGGCAGUCAGUGAGUACAUCCAUGAGAGGGCCCUGUGGAGGAAUUGCACCCGAAGCUGCCCUCCGGGGACUCAACGCAGCGCCCACGACCCCUGCUCCUGCGUCUGCCCCGGGGAUGCCAUGACCAACACCAUGUGCUGCUCGCGGGAGCGUGGCCUGGGGAAGCUGAUGGUGACAGUGAAGAAGGCCACUGGCCUGUGGGGGGAUUACUUUAGCGCUACAGAUGCCUUUGUCAAGGUUUUAUUUGAGAGAAGGGAGAGCCAGACCAACACCAUCCGGGACAACAACAAUCCCGUCUGGAAUGUCCAGUUGGACUUCGGUACCGUCCACCUCACCAGCACCAGCAAGAUCCAUGUCCAGGUCUUGGACAAAGACCCGUUGACAGUUGAAAAGCUGGGAAGCUGCGACAUCCCGCUGGAGGCUGGGGAACCUCACCAGAAGGAUUGCUACCUUAAACAUGGCCGCAUCUGGUUCCAGUACAGCCUGCGCUGUGGGCCCCACCUCGGGGGUCGAAGCUGCUUGGACUAUGUCUCCCAGCCACCCCAGCAGAGCGCAGCCAAGGGGAAAGAGGCGGAGACCUUUUGGUGAGCCCCUUAGAUAGGGACUCACAAAGGGGCAUGGGUGUGCAUUGGUCACUAGCGCUCCCUGUCCCCAGAGCAUUUCCUAGUUUCCGCUUUGCUGAUGCUGCUGAGCUUCAUGCUGUCACUCCUGCUCGGGAAUCGGUGUCUCCUAAGCCACUAGAGACUGUCUGCUCCUGUGAGCCCAUCAUCCUCACAGCUCCCUCUGGGAAAACAUCCCACCACAAACCGUCCAUUCCAGAUCCAUCAGACCAGUGUGUCCCAUGAUUCCAGUCAUGCAAUGUAUCCAUCCAACCAAUAAACCAAGGUAUGUACCUACUGCAUCCAACCUAUCCGGCUCCCACAUGCAGCCAACUGCCAGCCAACCAACCAACCAACCAACCAACCAACCAACCAACCAACCAACCAAUUGUUGCAUUUAUUUUAUCCAACAUAUUUAGCCAGCAAACCACCAGCCAAUGAGUGUAUCCAGUGCAUCCAAACAACCAAUACAUUUUAUCUAGCGCAUCCAAUGUAAAAAGCCAGCCAACCACCCAACCAACCAACGAAUGUGUUCAGGCUGUCCAAUGUAACCAGCCAACUAACAAAUGUAUCCAGCCAACCUUCCAACCAAUUCAACCAAUGUAUCCAAUUAAUUCAAUAUAUCCCUCCAGCCAACCAAUCACUGUAUCUAGUGCAUCUGGUGGAUCCAACCAACUAAUGUCUUAGGUACAUCAAACCAACACGUGUAGCCAGUGCAACCAACCAACCAAUGAAUGUCAAGUACAUCCAGUCAACCCAUAUGUGCUGGCAGUGCAACUCAUCCACCACCCCACGUAUCCAUCCACCCACUGUAAUUAUCUGUCUCAUGUGUCCAGCUGAAAAGAGAUCAUGAGGAGGAAAGCUCCGCCCCUGUCCUAUUGUGGCAUCAGGGAUUAACCCUCUGCAGAAACCCGAAGAUACUCCAGCGAUGGACACGGUUCUAAACACCCAGCAGAUGGGCUGCGCCCUUGGAGGGAGGAUUCAUUACAGAGCGGUUCCCUUUCUGUUAUUUCUCUUGCUUUCCACAAUUCCUCAGGAGCUUUGGGGUUAAUGAGCUCAUCCUGAAUGUCCAGGCCCCACCCACCAUCCAGCUGGAUGUUUCCUCCUCAGAAGAUCAGCAGUGAUGCUGAUAUAUCAUUUGCCAUGGGUAGGAAUCAGAGUUAAACCAAGGACGUCAUGCCACAAGGCUGUUGAUUCCCCCUGUCAGCAAGCUCAGGGAGAGGGCACUGCAUUGUGGUCACAUUGGGAAGGGUAUAUUCCCCUAAUUUGGGGGUUAAAGCAUCUUCCUGGUUCACCCCUCUCUGCAUUGGUAGGAUCCUAGAUAAAAAGUGCCAUUCUGCAGUUAACUGGUGAAUGAGGGUUGUUAACUCUGAACCCUACUGACUUCAAGUUAAAUAUCUCCUGCCUGGAAAAUUACCAUGCAGCUUUGGAGCUCCUUGGCAAAAUGAUUUGCUUCUGAUAGGAUUCCAGAUCUCUGAAUUCUUGCAAGUGUAUCUCCCUGCUUCAAUAAACAUUUAU